AACCUCCGUUGGCUGCCUAGUCACAGCCCCCUCGCUUUGGGUGUGUCCUUCGCGCGCUCCCUCCCUCUUAGGUCACUCUUUCAAAGCCUGGAAUAAAAACGGCAGCCAACUUCCGAGGCGGCCUCAUUGCCUAGCGGCCCCCAGCCUGUGACAGGUUCCAUCCAUCCUCCUUGCCCCAGCUCCCUGCGACCCUCUUUAAGAGGCGACUAGAUUCCUGGGUUCUAUCCCGCACACCAUGGACAAGUUUUGGUGGCACGCAGCUUGGGGACUCUGCCUCUUGCCGCUGAGCCUGGCGCAACAGCAGAUCGAUUUGAACAUAACCUGCCGCUAUGCAGGUGUAUUCCAUGUGGAGAAAAAUGGCCGCUACAGCAUCUCACGGACUGAGGCAGCUGACCUCUGCCAAGCUUUCAACAGCACCCUGCCCACCAUGGAACAGAUGCAGAAGGCCCUGCACAAGGGCUUUGAAACAUGCAGGUAUGGAUUCAUAGAAGGCCAGGUAGUGAUCCCGAGGAUCCACCCCAAUGCCAUCUGUGCCGCCAAUCACACUGGGGUGUAUGUCCUCACAUCCAAUGCCUCCCACUACGACACAUAUUGCUUCAAUGCCUCAGCACCCCUUGAAGAAGACUGUACAUCUGUCACAGACCUGCCCAAUUCCUUCGAAGGACCAGUUACCAUAACUAUUGUCAACCGUGAUGGUACCCGCUACAGCAAGAAGGGCGAGUACAGAACACACCCAGAAGACAUCAAUGCCACAAGUACCAUAGAUGAUGAUGUCAGCAGCGGAUCCUCCAGUGAAAAGAGCACCUCAGAUGGCUAUGUUUUUCACACCAACCUUCCCACUGUACACUCAACUGGAGACCAGGAUGAUCCCUACUUCAUCAGGAGCACCCCAGCCACCAUUGCCUCAACUGUGCACUCAAACAGCCAUGCAGCAGCUCAGAAACAAAAUAAUUGGAUAUGGUUUUGGUUUGGUAAUUCACAAUCCACGACUCAGACUCAGGAGCCCACAACGACAGCAACUACAGCCUUGAUGACCACUCCUGAAACACCGCCCAAGAGGCAAGAAGCCCAGAACUGGUUUUCAUGGUUUUUUCAACCACCAGAGUCCAAGAGUCAUCUUCAUACAACAACGAAGAUGCCUGGUACGGAGUCAAAUACCAAUCCAACAGGCUGGGAGCCAAAUGAGGAAAAUGAAGAUGAAACAGACAAAUACCCCAGUUUUUCUGGAUCAGGCAUUGAUGAUGAUGAAGAUUUUAUCUCCAGCACCAUUUCAUCCACCCCACGGGUUUCUGACCAUACAAAACAGAACCAAGACUGGAUUCAGUGGAAGCCAAGCCAUUCAAACCCAGAAGUACUACCUCAGACAACCACCAGAAUGACUGAUAUAGACAGAAACAGCACUAUUGCUCAUGGAGAAAACUCGACCCAGGAACCACAGCCUCCUUUCAAUCACCAUGAGUAUCAGGAUGAAGAGGAGAACCCACAUGCUACAAGUACAACCCAGGCAGCUCCUAGUAGUACAACAGAAGAAGCUGCUACUCAGCAAGAGCAGUGGUUUGAGAAUGGAUGGCAGGGGAAGUACUCCCCCACACCAACUGAAGACUCCCAUGUGACAGCAGGGGCAACUGCAUCAACCCACAACCAUCCAAGUCAAAGAAUGACAACCCAGAGUCAAGAGAACGUCUCCUGGACUGAGUUCCUCGACCCAAUUUCACAUCCAAUGGGACAAGAUCAUCAAACAGAAAGGAAGGAUACGGACGCCAGUCAUAGUACAACCUUUCGGCCUACUACAGCUCCAAAUACCCAUUUGGUGGAAGACUUGGACAGGACAGGACCACUUUCAGUGACAACUCCGCAGAGUCAUUCUCAGGACUUCUUUACAUCACAUGGAGAAAUGGAAGAAGAGAAAUACCACUCAACAACUUCUGUUCUGCCAUCUAGCACUAGGAGUGGUGGAAGAAGAGGUCCAAGCCUUCCCAAAGAUGCAACUACUUCUCUGGAAGGCUACACCUCUCAUUACCCAGACACAAUGGAAAAUGGGACUCUCACCCUAGUGACUCCUGCUAAGACUGGGGUCUUUGGAGAAACUGAAGCGACUGUUGCUGCAGACUCCGACUUUAAUGUUGAUGGCUCCUUACCAGAAGACCAAGAUUCAUUCGUGGACCCCAGUGGGAAUCCCCACACUGUGACCGAAUUAGCUGGACACUCAAGUGGGAGUCAAGAUGGUGGGGUGAACACAACUUCUUCUCCAGGGAGGAAACCUCAGAUUCCAGAUUGGCUCAUCAUCCUGGCAUCUCUCCUGGCGCUGGCUCUGAUUCUUGCUGUUUGCAUUGCUGUCAACAGUAGGAGAAGGUGUGGGCAGAAGAAAAAGCUGGUGAUCAACAGUGGCAAUGGAAAGGUGGAGGACAGGAAGCCAAGUGAGCUCAACGGGGAGGCCAGCAAGUCUCAGGAAAUGGUGCAUUUGGUGAACAAGGAACCCUCAGAGACUCCAGACCAGUUUAUGACAGCGGAUGAAACCCGGAAUCUGCAGAACGUAGACAUGAAGAUUGGGGUGUAGUGCCUAUACCAGUAACUUGGAAAGACACCAAAAUCGCAAACAUGUCAAUACUGGGAGCUGGGACCCUUAACAGAUGCAAUGUGCUACUGAUUAUUUUUAUUGGGGGUAGUUUCUGCACAAAAUUUUCUAUUCCUUUUGCAUUUUGUUAAAAGUCUGUUCCAAUUUAUGAAAACAGCAUUGCUUUCUGAAAUGAGGGCCCAAAGAAUACUCCAUUAAGAAUUUGACUCUUCCAGCUCCUUCCUAGAGGUCUUGCAUUCCCAAGGGAUGCUAUGGAUGGCUUCUAUCAAAUGCAAAUUCCUGGUCCCUAUUGAACCUUUUCCCUAACCUAAGUCCCAGGUAACAGCCACCAGCCAGGGACUUACCCCAGGGCUUAGAGGGAUUGGUCUCUGGGAGGAAAUUUUGCCUCUCCAGCAGCCCAAUCUUGGGCAUUGCUUUCCAGUGGGGUGGGAGAUCAGGUGUACUUGUUACAUACCUUUUUUUUUUAUAGACUCCCCUCUCUGCUGGAAAAUUUUCAGAUGCUUCUGAAAGAAUCCCAAAGGGUGAAGCUAUUUAUCUGUAGUAAGCUAUUUAUCUUUGUUUUUGAAAAAUCAAACCCUGGAGGUCCUUUGUUCAGAAUGACUUUUUUUUUUUAGUUUAUUUUUGUCAGAAGCAUAACAGGGUAUAAGUUGAUUCAUAAUAAACACCUGUCCAUCUUCCAUAUUGACCUGUUGUGCUGUGAUCCUUCAGUUUCUAAACCAGCAAGGUUUGAGUCUUCAUAGCAUAUCAGGAUGACUUUAGAAUGGUCCUCCUAAACCUGUGCCAGAGCAUCUAUGCCCAACUCAGGUUCACCAGGCUGAAUUUCCUAAAAGAUCAAACAAAGAAACACUGUUUUGUAUCUAGGGCUAUCAAAAGGGUUUCUCUCCUAUUCUGGAAUCUGAAUUGUGUGUAGGAAAGCUUUAAUCACCUUUGUGCUUGGGCCACCCUUUUCUCUCCCUUAAAGGGCACAUUAAGUUUCUAUGUCCUUCAGUUUUUAGAGUCCUAUUUCGUAGAAACUGAUCCUAGUAGUGACUUCACAAAACAAUAUGGUGCAUACUUGUGACACCUUACAAUGAAAGAGCAGCCAACAGAAAUUAAAGUGCAGACAGCAAGCAGUAGAUUGGCAUAAGGAGGGUGCGGUGUACAACCCAUCCCACUAUUUCCAUGGAUGUGCUUGUUGACAUUUUCACAAACCAGUUGGUCCUCAGAAUGAGGUGCCUGGGAAUCCCCCAGAAAGCCUCAGGGCUGCCCACUACUGGAAUCUUAUCAACGGAUAAGCAGACUUAUGGUUUAGCCAAGGGAGAAUGGUGUUACCCUCUAACCUCAUUUUUUUUUUUCCACAUAGUGGGUAAGUGUUUGGUGGCAUUUAUCCAUAUGCCGGAAUGUCCCAUUGCUCCUGGAUCUUCCCUGGUUACUUGUAGAAGAAAUUAAAUCUAUAAAGUAAGGCUUUCUGUAAGAUGAGACUUCCUUUCUAAGUCUCCCAUGGUGUUACUGUUGACUAAAUUUAUAUGUUUAAUAUUUUUUCAAAUAAAAAAAUGCAAGAGAAAAGUUUACCAUCUAAAUUGGGUUUGAGUUUAUAUCAAGAGUGGACUCAGGCUUUAUUUAAGGAAAUGCACAGACUUUCCAAAACUAUUUCUAGCCUCAGCUUCCCCUACCUACUUUCCCUCCUUCCCUGUUCACCUCUCUCCAAUGCCAUGGCUCACACAGAUUUUCUUUUUCUUCCUCUGUGAAUGUUUAUUAGUCAGUUUCAUAUUUAGACACUUAGUUUUUUUCUUCUUUUCCAGUUGAAAUACACACUAGGUGACUCUUUAUUCUUCUCAACUGGUGUUAGAAUGUUCCUUGUCCUUACAGCUGUCCUGGCCUGACAUGCCCACAACAGGAUCACCUGGGCUCUUUAACCUGUAUGCAGCAAACCACUCUGGAAUUGUGUAUAAAGGGUACAAAAGACUCUUCCAUGCUCUCCUUGAUACUUAGAUACCCUUUAGAGGCACUAGGAGAGGCAUGUAAGUCUCAGGGCCAGAGACGAUUCUCUACCCAUUCCAGAUAUGCCUACCAGUUGGAUUGGGGUAGGAUAAUACUUGCCAUGAUGAUUAUGAUUCUGGUAGCAUAAUCUGACUUUGUGUUACUCCUACCAAUGACUUGCCAGGUGAUAGAGGAUAAGUCAUUGAACUGGGAGUUUGUUAAUAAAAAUAAGGGGGUGGCAUUUAGUGAUUUUUGUAAAGUAACAUGAGCACUUCAGAUGUUAUUUUUAGCAGCAAUUGUAAAUUUCUCGUGUGUCCUGAAGGCUUUCUUUAAGAAAAAAGCUUUACAUUGUCAUCCAUAACACCAAGAACUGGCUUUAUAGCCAACAUGCAUUCAAGACUGUUGAAACAAAGUAGAAGAAAGAGCCACAUUCUUCGGGAAAUUAAAAGGUUCUGAGGAACAAGAAUUGACCACUUUGUGAAAAUCUCCUGUGUUGACUUUUCAAGUGCAGCCAAUUGUUAUGUAUGUACAAUGACUUUUGUUAUCGUUCCUUUGAUUUUUUUUCAGAGACCACCCUCCCUUUCUCUGGUUUUUGUAUAUUUAUUGAUUGACCAAUAAUAAUGAGGAAAGCGUGAUGUAUAUAUCGCCCAAUUGAAAGUGUGUAUUGGAAAACAUUAAAAAGCCAUAAGAAAUGGAA